AUGGCAUCCUGUCCAUCUCAGAACGCGUCGAAUGUCAACGUGGACGCCGAUGCCCCGUUCUGGAACAGCAAGGACAUGUUGCUUUCCGAAUUCGCUCGGCAUCCCUUUUCGGCCCCGCGACCACAUGAUCGAUGUAGACGUCAGUGCGGCUGCCGUCGCCGCCACUGUGCGCCGUGCGUCCUCGCGAACCAAAACAAUUCACGUUCGCAUCCGACGGGGUCGGAAGAGCCCGUGGACGGCCACAGUGAAUCGGAAUGUGUCUCGCUCGCCAGCAGCGCCUGCGGUGUCUGUUCUGUGCCGCCUGUUCCAGCGGAGCGUGGUGAACAGUCUGGGGGCGGCGACAGGCGCCAGGUUUGCCGGGAAGGGCGCUUCUCGGCCACGGAGCGUCGCUGUCACUGCACCUGCUCGAAAUGUUCAAGGCCGUGUCGGUCACAACACGGGGCGCCGCGGAGCCGGGAAGCGCUCCAACGGCUGGUCUCAAGGGAUGUCGAAGCCGUGCCCAGUGAUCUACAGAACCCGCCUGACGAGGCAGUGAUCCCGGACCGUUUCCCCUCAUCCGGCGUCCCGUCAACCCGGCCUUGCGAGGCUCGUGUGGCGGGCGACAGCCAUUCAAGGAAAAAGCGGUGUCCUUGCCACGGCAUGCGACUGUACCGCCGCCUCUCUACGUCUGAACUGCGGCAGUCUGUCUCUGCCUCGCCCGUCCAGCGACCGGCACCAGCGCGUGGCAGGAUUCUCUCCCCAGCCUUUGUGUUGUAUCCGCCGCAGCAUCCUCCGUGCCCCACGACGGCUUCAGCAGCGAGGCUGCUGGACCUCGUUCUCACAGGCGAGCCGAGUGAUCGGUGCGCCGUUGACAUUGGCGGCACCCUCGCGAAAGUUGUCUUUGUUAUGAACUGCGGGGCUCGAGAGUCGCGUGUCACGGAUCGGGCCCAGACUCCAACUCCCCCGACGAGGUGCUGCCGAGACUCAGACCGAGCCGUUUGCCGCCACAGGGGCGACAGAGGCCAUACCCGAGUCCCGGAAGGAACCGAAGCGUCGACAUGCGAGCCGCAUGCAACGGCUUUCUGCGAGAAGCGGCGACUUUGUUACCAAAGGGAAUCCGUGGGUGACACCGCCGACUCUCGCGACUGUUUGGCCGGCAGUGCAUCAAAACAACCACACGUGCACGAGCCGUGUGGUCCAGAAACAGAAGGCUCGCUUCGUGCCUCGCCUGCUCGCCGACAAGAAGGCGUGUCACCCCCGUUGUGUACGACAAGGAAGGAAACCGAUGGUGCUGACCAGUCUUUAGGAACCUGUGGUUCGUCACAGCGCACUCCAGCAGGAGAGCCCACCGGUUCCCGCUCGCCGCCAGAGGCGUGCACGACUACGGCGCUGGCUCUUUCAGCGGCUUCGCCUGACCCUGCAUCCCACGCCUUUUCAGGUGGAUCGGAUGCAAGCGAAGGUCCGAAAACGGGGGCGCGGAAUGUGGAGUUUCACGCGGCCGACCAUGGAGGUGUGACCGAGACUCCCGUCCGCACAAGUGCCCGGAGGCAGUGUGUCCGGUGUCGGUUUUGUCGAGGCGAGCGCAAAGCGGGAACGUCUCUGACGAUCAGAGCCACGCCGCAGCAUGUCAUCAGGUUCACGUACUUCUACACAAAGGACGUCGCGUCGCUGCUGCAUUUUCUUAAAGCAAACGGAUUCGCGCAGCCUGGAGGCGUGCUACGAGCAACAGGUGGCGGCGCCCACAAGUUCAGUGCGCUCUUUCUGGAGCGUCUUGGUGUGCAGCUGAAAAAGCUCGACGAAAUGGAAAGCAUCAUGAAAGGUCUUGUCUGUCUAGCCUCGUCGACCGAUUCUGUUUUCCGUUUCGACUUGCAGAAGAAGCAGCGUAUUCACGUGCACGUGACAACCCCCCUGUACCCCUUUCUCGUGGUCAAUAUUGGCUCUGGCGUCUCGAUUCUAAAGGCGACGAGCCCCUCCUCGUUCGUCCGCGUUACCGGCACCUGCAUCGGCGGCGGCACGGUUUUGGGUCUGGCGAGGCUUCUUUUUCACGCGAAGACCUUCAAGCAAGUAGUGAAACUUUCUCAGAGAGGGACGGAUUUGCUAGAUCUCAAAGUUGGCGAUUUGUUCGGAGACGCUGCAGGCAGUCGAUGUCUUCCCGCCGACACUCUCGCAAGCAGCUUCGGGCGCCUGUAUCUCAUGACGUCCCAGGAAGACGGAAAUCUUCUGAGAAAGAACUUGAGGAAGGAGGACGUCGCCAGGAGCUUGAUCCACAUGGUUAGCUACAAUCUUGGCUACCUCGCGUACCUUGUUGGGACUGCGCAUGGUGUUCGAAGAAUUUUCUUCGCCGGCAAAUACAUCAAUAAUCAUGAGUUCACGAUGGAGUCUAUCACGCAUGGCGUCAACUUCUACAUGCGCCAGUACGAUGCAGCAGCGUCAGCCGCGUCUAUUCCAGCGCCACUUCAUCCGCUCUAUGCUUCCUGCUCUCGGGAAUUGUCAUCACUCUUCACGCGUUCCUCGAAAGGCCGACACGCGGUCCCAGUUAUGACUCUUGAAUCCCAUAAAAACGAGCAUUUCGACCGCGGGCCGGUUGCCAGUGGAGUGACGGGGCACUUGCCAGCGUCUCGGCUUUCGCCGAACUGUGUCCAAGGGACCGAAGCGAAAAGGAAGCUAUCGAUCUGUUUCAGAAAUGGCCGUAUAAAGGACAGGAAAGAGGCCAGAAGUGAAUCGUCGCCACCAAGAUUGGGCACAGAACGCCGCGUCGAUGGAAGUCAGCGACAUUACGUUCCUGACGUUCGCGUCUUGGGUCAUGAGGCUCGCUUUCUCGCAUCUCCACAUCCUGAUUCCGGGCGAAGCGUGUCUGAGUCACAGUCGACUCUCGCCUGCGGCCCCGCCUCGUGUGCCCAUGCUGGAAUGUGGCCGCAGUACGGAACGGGUUUCACAGGAGUCGAUAGAAGGAAUGAAACAAAGAGUACUCUCCAGCAUCGACGCAACAGUCAUAGCGGCCGAACCGGAAACUGGAGUAUCCCAAAACCGGAGACCCAUGUGCCAGAAUAUCGCGGGAGAUCCAGUAGCAUCCAUGCGAAGCUGUCUGGCCAUCAAAGGGCAUCCACCGCGUCCACCGAGGAAGACACCCUCUCAUGUUCUCCCUUCUCUCCCAGCGGGAAAUGCAUCAAAGAAGCACAACGGCAGGACUAUCACAUCAUCCCCUCGGAGCCUUCCUCCCGAGCGGAGGGGAGCGCGCGUACUGCGGACAGUCGCCAGGGGCCGGUUCUGUUUCUUCGGCAUGAUGGGUACUUGGGGGCACUUGGCGCUCUGGUUGCCGCCGGUGACUCACCCACGGAAAAUCCCCGCAGCUAG